CUCUCUUUGAUUUUAUAUAAAUAGGGUCUCCUCUCUACGGAGCAGGAUCUCUACUCUAACUGGGCAAUGGGAGUUCUUUGAUCUGAGGUCCCUCAAAAGCCGUGCAGCUCUGUACAAACGCGGUCCCAGAGCUUGUUCGCGUCGUGCCGACCAGUGGCCAGAUAGAUAGCAGACAACAAGUCGCUGCGGCCUCAUUAUUGUUGUUUGCAAAAUAUCAAAAGCACAUCUUCUACUGUUUAUACCCAAUUUCAUUCUCGGCAACUUAUUUCUAUGCGGUUUUCGAAAUGCGCUUCUCAAAACUUCUGGCAGUGGCUUGCCUUGUAGCUAGUUGCUAUUGCAGUGACUGGCUCACGCAAGAAUGGGACGUGAUUAUUGUUGGAGCGGGUUCAGCUGGAAUUAUUGUUGCGGAGCGAAUGUCUUCAGCGGGCCGCAAAACGCUCCUGAUCGAGGGUGGUGGGCCCUCCUAUGGCAUUACGGGUGGUGAUCUUGACAGUCGAAGACCAGCCUGGCUCAAUGGGACAAACCUGUCAAGGGUUGACGUACCCGGCCUUUACAAGUCGAUAUUCGCCGAUGGAGGCGGCCUCACCUGCGAGUCACUUGUGAAUGCUUACCUAGGAUGCACAAUUGGUGGAAGUUCUGCAAUCAAUGCCGGUCUUUUCUUCCAACCACCUGCCAGUGAUUUCGAUCUUUACUUUCCCCAAGGAUGGAAGUCUGCCGACAUGGGUACAGCCAUACAGCGACUGUAUGCAAUGCAGCCCUCGACCAGUGUUACUUCUCAAGAUGGAAAACGAUACCUUCAAUCAGGAUACGAUGCAGCAAAGAAGUGGAUUGUCGAUGGGGUGCAGUUCCAAGAUGUGGAUAUCAAUGCUGAAGCUGACAACAAAACCGGAGUAUUCGGAUAUCCAAUAUUUGAUUAUUCAAACGGGCAAAGAGGGGGGCCGACGGUGAACUAUCUGGAACUAGCUUCUCAGCGGAACGACUUCCACUUGCAGAUUAACACUCUCGUCGUUCGCGUAGAAAGGGAGGGAGAGCACUCGACGGGGGUUACGGUUCUGAUAAACGGUACCGAGUCGACCGUUCAACUUUCCACAACUGGUCGUGUCAUUCUCAGUGGAGGAGCGCUGAGGAGUCCAAGUCUUCUGAUGUUCUCUGGUAUUGGCCCACCUGAAGAACUUUCUGCCCUGUAUUCUUCUGGACGGUUACCCCUCAACAGUUCUGAUUGGAUUAACUCCACUGCAGUCGGAAAUGGCCUUUUUGAUAACCCAAACACUUUUAUUGAAUUGGAAGGGGACAGCAUACAGUCCUUCACCUAUUCAUACGAUAAUCCUUCGCCGGUGGACAAACAACUGUACCUCCAACAAAGAAGCGGACCUUAUUCUUUUGGCAGCGAAACAUCCGUUUUCUGGGACACACUCACUCGUCCCGAUGGUAGCACGGUCACCUUUCAAGGCACCAUUGACUCAGCAGGAUACAGUGACUUUGCUUCUAACAACACUAUCACCCUCAAUGUCUACGGUACUAGCGGUCUCAAAUCAAAAGGCAAAGUCGUACUCGAUUCAAAUUUCAUCCCCGGUCCAAGCAGCGAGGUCUACUACUCGGAUCCACAAGAUGCAAAGGAUAUCUCGAGUUUCAUAUACAAGAUCUUUCAAGGAUUACCCGGCUCUGGACUCACAUCCCUGAAUAUUCCACAAAACGCAACGCAGCAACAGAUCGAGACGUACAUCACGACCCCUUCACCCUAUGCCCGAGGGAUGGUCAACCACUGGACCUCAAGUUGUAGGAUUGGGGAAUGUGUAGAUGUGAACACGACGGUCAUUGGAAUGCAGAACUUGCACGUCGUAGAUGGUAGCAUCGUCGCGCCCCUCUCGGUAAACCCACAGUUUGGCAUCAUGGCUGUUGCUGAGAGAGCUUCGGAGCUGAUCUUGGCUCUUGAUGGCUGAGGCUCGUGUGAGCAUUCAUGUUCAGGAAUCAGGGCCAUCUGGCCUUGGAGUUAGAUACUUAAUAUCUUCAUCAGAAGAGCGCAGACAGGAUGACAGAAGCCCGUGUGAUGCGGAGGGGAGGUCCGCGUGUAUAUCGCCCGACCCCCUGGCCCAACCGCGCAGGACUCAUUGUAAAUAACUUCCAAUCACCUCUGUCUUCUACACUUAGACAUGGAGAAGGCUGUAUUGUAAUGCACAGCCUCAUGAGAAAUCCACACCAAAAUACCUAUAUACCUAC